AUGCCGGCUCCAACAAAGCAAAGAACAAAUAAAAAUGCUAACAUCGAAGCACGAGCAUAUGAAAUCUUAGAAUUUCCAGCUUCUCCAACCGAGACGACUACUCAACGACCAUUGAAGACAACAACGACGACUGCCGAUCUUCAUUUGCUGGUGGGAGAGAGUCCAUUGUCUACACCUUCUUCUCCAUCUUCUCCAACAUAUGAUUCUGAUGAAUAUUAA